AUGAGGCCAAUUGAUCUUGCCAGCCGGUCAGGCGUGGCCCUGAAGAGGGCCUUCCAUGCGCAACAACUCCGCCGAGUCGCUAGCACGCGACCAUACUCGAACGGGCCCCUGCUGCCCCCGACCUACGACAGGCUUUACAACAAGUACUCCGAGGUCCGCCGGGUACUGGGCACGCAGCGGCUCACCCUCGCCGAGAAGAUCCUGUACAGCCACUUGGACAACGUCGAGGAGUCGCUGCUCUCCGGGAACACCAACAAUGGCCGCGACGUCCGCGGCAACGCCAACCUCAAGCUGCGGCCCGACCGCGUCAACAUGCAGGACGCCUCCGCCCAGAUGGCCCUGCUGCAGUUCAUGUCAUGCAACCUGCCGCAGACCGCCAUCCCCGCGAGCAUCCACUGCGACCACCUGAUCGUCGGCGAGCGCGGCGCCGACGACGACCUCGCGGCCGGCGUCAAGAUGAACCAGGAGGUGUUUGACUUCCUCGAGUCGGCUGCUAAGAAAUAUGGCAUCGACUUCUGGCCCCCCGGAGCAGGCAUCAUCCACCAGACCGUGCUCGAGAACUACGCUCUUCCGGGUCUGAUGAUGCUGGGAACCGACAGUCAUUCUCCCAACGCCGGUGGGCUCACAACCAUUACCAUCGGUGUGGGUGGUGCGGACGCUGUCGAAGCGCUCGUCGGUGCUCCCUGGGAGUUGAAGGCUCCUAAGAUUCUGGGUGUCAAGUUGACCGGCCAGCUGAACGACUGGGUGUCCCCCAAGGAUUUGAUUCUCCAUCUCGCUGGGCUGCUCACUGUGCGUGGAGGUACCGGUUAUAUUGUUGAGUACUUUGGGCCUGGUGUCGAGACGCUGAGCCUCACGGGCAUGGCGACAGCCUGCAACAUGGGGGCCGAGAUUGGUGCGACCACAUCCAUCUUCCCCUACACCGAAGCGUCGAGCCGCUACUUGAAGGCAACCCGGAGGGAACAGGCCAGCAAAAAUGCCGAGAUAUUCCAGAACUUCCGCGGCGUCGGUGCCAGUGCUGGUGAGGACGCUCUCUUCAGGUUCAAGGCCGAUGAGGGGGCACAGUACGACCAACUCAUCGAGAUCGACCUCUCCAAGCUCGAGCCCCACAUCAACGGCCCCUUCACCCCGGAUCUCGCCACGCCGCUGUCCCUGUUCAAAAAGACGGUUCAGGAAGAACAGUGGCCCGAGAAGCUGUCUGCCGGUCUGAUCGGCAGCUGUACCAACAGCUCGUACGAGGACAUGACGCGCGUCGAGAGUAUUGUGCGCGAGGCUGAGAAGGCCGGCCUCAAACCCAAGGCGGAUUUCUACAUCACCCCAGGUAGCGAGCAGAUCCGGGCGACUCUCGAGAGAGACGGCACGCUCGAAACCUUCACCGAAGCCGGCGGCAUCCUCCUUUCCAACGCCUGCGGGCCGUGUAUCGGCCAGUGGAAGCGCAUUGACGGCGUGGAGAAGGGCACCACCAACGCCAUCCUCACCUCGUACAACCGCAACUUCCGCGGCCGCAACGAUGGCAACCCCGACACCAUGAACUUCCUCGCCUCCCCCGAAAUCGUGACCGCCAUGGCCUACGCGGGAUCCACCACCUUCAACCCCAUGACCGACACCCUCACGACCCCCUCUGGCGCCGAAUUCCGCUUCCCAGCCCCGCGCGGUCUCGAGGGCCCUCCCACCCCCUUCGAGCAAGGCAAAGAAGUCUUCGCCGUCGCCUCGCAACCCCCCAACCCCUCCGUCCAGGUCGCCGUCUCCCCCACUUCGGAACGCCUCGCCCUGCUCGAGCCCUUUGACGCCUUCCCCGAAUCCGACCUCACCGGGCUGCGCGUCCUCGUCAAAGUCACCGGUAAAUGCACCACCGACACCAUCUCGGCCGCGGGGCCGUGGCUCAAGUACAAGGGCCACCUGGCCAACAUCAGCGCCAACACUCUCAACACGGCCGUCAACGCCGAGACGGGCGAGGUCAACGCCGCGUACGACCUCGACGGCUCCCGCACCACCAUUCCCGACCUCGCCCUGCGCUGGAAGCAGCGCGGCCAGCCCUGGCUUGUCGUCGCCGAGCACAACUACGGCGAAGGGUCCGCUCGCGAACACGCCGCGCUCCAGCCCCGCUACCUCGGCGCCCGCGUCAUUGUCUGCAAGAGCUUUGCGCGCAUCCACGAGACGAACCUCAAGAAGCAGGGCGUCGUGCCGCUGACGUUUGUGGAGCAAGCGGAUUAUGAGAAGAUCGGGGCUGGUGAUGAGGUCGCGACCGUGGGGCUGUAUGACAUGUUGAGGAAUGGCGGGCGCGGGGAGGUGAGCUUGAGGGUGACGAAGAAGGAGGGCGGCGAGGUGUUUGAUGUGCCGGUGCGUCAUGCGGUCAGUGAGGACCAGGCCAAGUUUAUUCUGGCGGGGAGUGCGCUGAAUUUGUUGGCGAAGGGGGGGCUUUGA